GCACGACUUCAAGUGCAACUAGUACUACUCAUAUUGCAACACGUCUGACACACUUAUGACAAUUUUUACUAACCGUAUCGGCCAUUAAUCAGUUUCAGCGUCAUACACCUUAAAAUAGAUUCACUUUUUAGAAAUCUAUUAAACGGAUUUACGUAGCAUUACUAUAUAUAUCGAUUAGAUAAAAAAAAAAUUGUGUAAAAUAAAGUAGGUAUAAAUAUAUUUAUGUUCUAAAUGCAUCUGACAUCGGGUAGAACACCAGCCAUGCUGCGGGUAAUACUUGCUUGCGGUUACUUCUUGUAUUAUUUGCCGCUCUCUGAAAGUGUCCGUGAUAUCGACGCUGAGAAUCGCCUUGCCUUCGAGAGCAACAAAAUAACUGGGGAGACUUUAUACGAAGGUGCUAAGAGAAACCCUGGCCAGAUUUAUACGACGGCGAUAUUUCCACUGUUGGCGACAACGGCCCAGCUAGCUCUCUUCUCUGAAGGAAAGACUUAUGAGAACCUGCUUAGCUUUCUUAAUCUGAAAGAUAAAAAUGAGAUUCGGACUAUUUUUCCUACGUUUAUUGAGAUUUUAUUUAACAAAGAUCGUAUCGGUUCGCCGACUUUAAAUCUAAAUAUGUACAGUGAUACGAGCAACAGGUUAAGUCCAGCUUUCAUAGAUACCUACAACAAAACCUUUGGUGGUAAGGCUAGGACUGUGGACUACAGUGACACCGUUAAAGCUGCCAAUGAGAUCAAUGAUGAGGUUGAAAAUGAAGGAGAGUUCAAUAAUAUAAUCUCCAGUAAAAUGAUAAAGGAAGGAGGCGGUCUUAGUUUUAUAAGCAGCUACGUGUUGACUAUCAUGUACAGCGACAAAUUCAAAUUCAUAAACGAGAAAACAAUAAACUUCAAAUCUGGUAACAAGGUGAUAAAUAUUCCAGGAAUUACCGGGGAAGGUGUAGUGAAAUAUGCCGACAUAAAGUCUAUUGAUGCCAAGACCAUAGAAUUGGAAGGUAAAGAUGGACUAUACUCGUAUAUCAUGGUCCUUCCAAACAAACAUGAUGGACUUCUGGAAGUACUAGAAAAGCUCUGUGAUUCUACAGCUUUCCAAGAAAUUCUUGAUCGUGGCGAGGAAGUAUGCGCAAAAUUAUCCAUCCCAGCCGGAGACUUGAUUGCCAAAUGUGACUUAGAAAAGACAGCUAAAGAAUCAAAUUUAUUAAGAGAUAUAUUCGAAGAGGGGAGACUCGAACUCCAAGGUGUGAGUCAUAAAUAUAAUAAUACAUACGUUUCGUCAAUCCUACAUGAAGUUCAUUUGAAGCCAGGUCCGAUCAUUUACGAUGAGCCCAGAGAAUUAUGUUCUAUGCCUCAAAUAGAACUGGAGAUGAACCGUCCUCAUUUGUUCUACGUGACUUUCACACAGAAGGUUGGCCCGAUCCGUACCCCAAUAGUCGGUGUAGUGUUUGACAUCACGGGUACAACAAGCAACUAGCUCGACCAAUUCUCACCUCGCAUCUUCAGUUUCCACAUAAUAUUAAUUCUUUCAAUAAAAUUUUCAGUCUUUUCUUUCUCAUUAA